CGGAAUUUGACACCCCGAGAGGCAGCUGGUCUUUGGCCAGGACUCUUGAUUCUUCUCAAAUGGAAACAGUUUCUCCCAGUGAACCUGCUGGAAUUCUCAGUGGAAUCUCACUUCGCCUUUGCUUCCUGGUGCAUUUAACCAAGGCCGCAUUUCCCACUUUGGGGCAAGGAGGGCUCCAAAUGGAGCGGGGCUCCAGGUCGCAGAACAAGACUGUCUGACCUACAAAUGAGUGCCAGCAUUUAAAAGGAGAAUGAAAAGCAGAACAUUGCAGUGUCUAUGCAAAUCCAUUAGCACUGCUGGGAACUGGCUGUGUCCUGUAGUCGAUUCCUUCUGAGGGAACUAUAAAAGGAUGGACUCCAGCAAGAGGAAAAGUGAAUCAAAGGAAUGAAGUGGGAUAUAAGCAAUAGUGGUGGGGAGGAGAAACAGGAACCAAGGAGGAGAAUCUGGCGCCCAGCGAUCCUAGAGCAACCCCCAGACCCUCCAGCAAGCUGCCUCUCCAAGGCCGGAGAAACCCACAGACCUACUCACUGAGGCAGUCGGAGGGCCUGAGCGCGGGAGCCUGGGACCCGGCGGCCGGGGGCGCCAGCCCCUCAUGUUUCGAAGAAAGCGAAAAUGUGAUGUCAUGCCCAUUGUUUUGGUGAGCCCAACCAAUCGGACUCGCCGCCUGGAUUCUACCGGAGCCGGCAUGGGCCCUUCCUCGCACCAGCAGCAGGAGUCCCCGCUCCCGACCAUAACGCAUUGCGCAGGGUGCACCACCGCCUGGACUCCCUGCAGCUUUAACAGCCCUGACAUGGAAACCUCAUUGCAGUUCCAGCGCGGCUUCUUCUCAGAGCAGCAGCCGCCACCGCGCUCCUCACACCUGCAUUGCCAGCAGCAGCAACAGAGCCAGGACAAGCCGUGCCCGCCCUUCGCGCCCCUCCCGCACUCACAUCACCAUCCGCACCUCGCGCACCAGCAGCCGGGCAGCGGUGGCAGCAGCCCAUGCCUCCGGUGCAACAGCUGCGCCUCCUCCGGUGCCCCCGUGGCGGGGGCGGGGGCUGGGGAUAACCUGUCCCUGCUGCUCCGCACCUCAUCGCCCGGCGGCGCCUUCCGGACCCGCACCUCCUCGCCACUGUCAGGCUCAUCGUGCUGCUGCUGCUGCUCGUCGCGCCGGGGCAGCCAGCUCAAUGUGAGCGAGCUGACUCCGUCCAGCCAUGCCAGUGCGCUCCGGCAGCAGUACGCGCAGCAGCCGGCGUCCGCCUCCCAGUACCACCAGUGCCACAGCCUGCAGCCCGCCGCCAGCCCCACGGGCAGCCUCGGCAGCCUGGGCUCCGGGCCCCCGCUCUCGCACCACCACCACCACCCUCCGCACCCAGCGCACCACCAGCACCACCAGCCCCAGGCACGCCGUGAGAGCAACCCCUUCACCGAAAUAGCCAUGAGCAGCUGCAGGUACAACGGGGGCGUCAUGCGGCCGCUGAGCAACUUGAGCUCGUCCCGCCGGAACCUGCACGAGAUGGACUCAGAGGCACAACCCCUCCAGCCACCCGUGUCCUUAGGAGGAGGUGGCGGUGGGUCGUCCCCGUCUGCAGCUGCCGCCGCUGCCGCCGCUUCAUCCUCAGCUCCGGAGAUCGUGGUGUCAAAGCCGGAGCACAACAACUCCAAUAACCUGGCGCUCUAUGGAGCCGGCGGUGGCGGGAGCACGGGAGGCGGUGGCGGUGGUGGCAGCGGCAGCGGGCACGGCAGCAGCAGUGGCACUAAGUCUAGCAAAAAGAAGAACCAGAACAUCGGCUACAAGCUGGGCCACCGGCGCGCCCUGUUUGAGAAGCGCAAGCGUCUCAGCGACUACGCGCUCAUCUUCGGCAUGUUCGGUAUCGUGGUUAUGGUCAUCGAGACCGAGCUGUCGUGGGGCGCGUACGACAAGGCGUCGCUGUAUUCCUUAGCUCUGAAAUGCCUUAUCAGUCUCUCCACGAUCAUUCUGCUGGGUCUGAUCAUCGUGUACCACGCCAGGGAAAUACAGUUGUUCAUGGUGGACAAUGGAGCAGAUGACUGGAGAAUAGCCAUGACUUAUGAGCGUAUUUUCUUCAUCUGCUUGGAAAUACUGGUGUGUGCUAUUCAUCCCAUACCUGGGAAUUAUACGUUCACAUGGACGGCCCGGCUUGCCUUCUCCUAUGCCCCAUCCACAACCACCGCUGAUGUGGAUAUUAUUUUAUCUAUACCAAUGUUCUUAAGACUCUAUCUGAUUGCCAGAGUCAUGCUUUUACAUAGCAAACUUUUCACUGAUGCCUCCUCUAGAAGCAUUGGAGCACUUAAUAAGAUAAACUUCAAUACGCGUUUUGUUAUGAAGACUUUAAUGACUAUAUGCCCAGGAACUGUACUCUUGGUUUUUAGUAUUUCAUUAUGGAUAAUUGCCGCAUGGACUGUCCGAGCUUGUGAAAGAUACCAUGAUCAACAGGAUGUUACUAGCAACUUCCUUGGAGCGAUGUGGUUGAUAUCAAUAACUUUUCUCUCCAUUGGUUAUGGUGACAUGGUACCUAACACAUACUGUGGGAAAGGAGUCUGUUUGCUUACUGGAAUUAUGGGUGCUGGUUGCACAGCCCUGGUGGUAGCUGUAGUAGCAAGGAAGCUAGAACUUACCAAAGCAGAAAAGCACGUACACAACUUCAUGAUGGAUACUCAGCUGACGAAAAGAGUGAAAAACGCAGCUGCCAAUGUACUCAGGGAAACGUGGCUAAUUUACAAAAAUACAAAGCUAGUAAAAAAAAUAGAUCAUGCAAAAGUAAGAAAACACCAACGAAAAUUCUUGCAAGCUAUUCAUCAAUUAAGAAGUGUAAAAAUGGAGCAGAGGAAACUGAAUGACCAAGCAAAUACCUUGGUGGACCUGGCAAAGACCCAGAAUAUCAUGUAUGACAUGAUUUCUGACUUAAAUGAGCGGAGCGAAGAUUUCGAGAAGAGGAUUGUUACUCUAGAAACGAAAUUAGAGACUUUAAUCGGAAGUAUCCACGCCCUCCCUGGGCUCAUCAGCCAGACUCUCAGGCAGCAGCAGCGAGAUUUCAUUGAGGCUCAGAUGGAGAACUACGACAAGCAGGCCACCUACAACGCUGAGCGGUCCCGGUCCUCGUCCAGGCGGCGGCGGUCCUCCUCUACAGCACCACCAACUUCAUCAGAGAGUAGCUAGAAGAGAAUCAGAUAAUCACAAAAUAAGACUUUUUGCCAUCAUAUGGUCAAUAUUUUAGCUUUUAUUGUAAAGCCCCUAUGGUUCUAAUCAGUGUUAUCCGGGUUCUGAUGUCAGAAUCCUGGGAACCUGAACACUAAGUUUUAGGCCAAAAUGAGUGAAAACUCUUUUUUUUUCCUUUCAGAUGCACAGGGAAUGCACCUAUUAUUGCUAUAUAGAUUGUUCCUCCUGUAAUUUCACUAACUUUUUAUUCAUGCACUUCAAACAAACUUUACUACUACAUUAUAUGAUAUAUAAUAAAAAGUUAAUUUCUG